AUGUUAGCUCGUUGGGCAUUAGUACCGAGACUCUCUUUGAAACUAUGUCGGCCAGCUGAGUUUACGAGCUGUGUAACAAGCUUUCCGCGCAAUUCGAGGUUUUAUGCGCAUAAAACCCCAGCCAAGAGGAAGAAAUUCAGCGAAGAGCUCAAGCCUCUUAAGUUUGAAAUCCCAAACUAUAUCGCGGUCAGUGACCUAGCAAACUUGAUAAACCUGAAGAUAGAGAAAUUAGUCAAAGAUUUGACGAAGAUGGGAUUUGCCAACGUAACCCAUAAUUACAUUCUGUCGAGAGAAUACGUCGAACUAGUUUUGAUGAACUAUAAUUACGAACUCGGCAAGCAAGCUCUUGCCGUCACUCCCGAAAAUGUUUACGAUGAGCUUAGGUCUCCAGUAAACCCCAAGAAUCUCGCUAGGAGGCCGCCUAUCGUGACUAUCAUGGGCCAUGUUGAUCAUGGGAAAACCACGAUUCUAGAUUACCUGCGGAAGACAUCUAUCGUAUCUGAGGAACACGGAGGCAUAACACAGCACAUCGGUGCAUUUCAAGUCGAGACCCCGGUUUCCAAGAGAAAAAUCACGUUUCUUGACACACCAGGCCAUGCUGCAUUUUUGAAGAUGCGCGAAAGAGGCGCUAACGUCACUGAUAUUAUCGUGCUUGUAGUUUCGUUGGAGGAUUCUUUAAUGCCACAGACGUUAGAGGCUUUGAAGCAUGCUGCGAAAUCUGGAAGCCAAAUGAUAGUUGCAAUAACCAAGAUUGAUAGAAUUCCCAACGCGAAGGAAAGAGAGAAGGCUAUCGAAAAGGUAACCCUCGAUCUGAUGAACAACGAAGUUCCCAUUGAAAGAAUCGGUGGAGAUGUUCAAGUUGUGCCCAUAAGUGCUCGGACAGGAGAGAACAUGAAUCUUUUGGAAGAAAGUAUCAUUGCUUUGAGCGACAUAAUGGAUUUGAAAGCUGAGAGAAGCAAUAAAGCCGUGGCAGAAGGAUUUGUGAUUGAGAGUGAGGUAAAAAAGUCAGUGGGAAAUGUAAGUACCGUUCUGGUAACUAAAGGAAUUCUGUCGAAAGGUUCGAUUUUAAUUUGCGGAAGCACAUACUGCAAGGUGAGGAGCAUGUCAAAUGGCCAAGGGGCGAGUGUACUUCUUGCGGACCCAAGCACUCCAGUCGAAAUCACCGGUUGGAAACAUUUGCCUGCUGCUGGUGACGAAAUUCUUCAAGUCGGAAGCGAGUCAAUAGCCAAAAAAUACGUGGCUAAGAAGCUGGCUGUUCUACAAACGGCUAAGGAAGUGAAAAAUGUCGAGAAGAUCAAUGAACAAAGGGCAAUAGAGGCUCUCGCGAAAGCAAGUAAGGAGCAGGGUAAUGAAGAUCUUGAAGAAAGCGAGGAACUCGAAGAGAACACAGGUCCGGAGAAGGUCAAUUUUAUUGUCAAAGCUGACGUAUCGGGUUCGGUAGAGGCAAUCGUUGAAAGCAUUUCAUCUCUUGGUAACGAAGAGGUUCAAUGCAGUGUUAUCUCUGCUUCUGCUGGUAUUCCCAAUGAAAGUGACAUGAAGUUGGCUCGUCUAACAGACAGUAAAGUCUUGUGUUUCAAUCUAGGGUCCCUUCCUUACGAUGUUAUCAACAACAAAGACAAAAUAGAGGUGGAACAAUACAACGUCAUAUACAAACUAAUUGAAGGAGUUACAGAAACUCUUACAAGCAGGUUGAAACCCAUUUACGAAUCCAAGCAGAUUGCACAAGUUGACAUCAGGGAUAUUUUCAACUUCAGCGUCAAGAAAAAGGUUACCAGGAUUGCUGGAUGCAGGGUGGUUAAUGGGCUACUAGCCAGAGGUUCCAUGGUGAAGAUUUUACGAGGUCCUAAUGAGGAUGUGGUUUACGAUGGCCGCAUCGCAAGCCUAAAGCAGGGAAAGGAAGAUGUGCCAUCGGUGAAAAAAAAUAGCGAAUGCGGCGUCACAUUCGAUAAUAAUUUUGAGGGUUACGAGGCUGGCGACAAACUAAUAACGUAUGAAAAAGUUAAAGUUCCAAGAUACCUUUAG